CCGAGCUUGGCCAUCGCAGUACAAGAGUCGGCACGUCGCCGAGCCCCGCGCUGCGAUCCCACCAUCAACUUAGGUAUAUCACCGUUUGAUAGAUGAAGUAGUCAACCCCGUGGCCGUGACACCUCGAACCAUCCCGGUUGGACACUUGGACUUCUCCAGUCUCCUAACCUCCUAUCACAAUGGCGAUUGCUCGCCCAGUACGAGCCCUGGCCCUGGCGGCUGCGCUCGUCUGGUGUUUCUUCAUAUGGCAGCUUCUGUCGCCAUCGGGAACCGCCAUGACCAAAGACAAAUACUUGUCCUUUGAGCGGGAUCCCAACCUGGACCCUACGGGAGAACCCGAAGGGAAGCUCAUACGCGCUUCCGAAGACUAUGCGCCGGGCGCAAAGAACUCGGCCAGAAUCAAUGCCACUCUGCUGGCGCUGGUGCGAAACGAGGAGCUGGAAGGCAUGCUGCAGGCGAUGCGCGACCUCGAGCGGACAUGGAACCACAAGUUCAACUACCCGUGGACCUUUUUCAAUGACGUGCCCUUUUCCGAAGAGUUCAAGAAGAGAACGCGCGCGGUAACGAAGGCCGAGGUCAGAUACGAACUUAUUCCCAAGGAGCACUGGGAAAUGCCAUCAUGGAUUAACCAGGACCUGUACCACGAGUCGGUCAAGAUCCUCGAAGAAAAGAAGAUUCAGUAUGCCGACAAAAUCUCGUACCACCAAAUGUGUCGGUGGAACAGCGGCAUGUUCUACAAGCACCCGGCCCUGGCCAACACGCAGUACUACUGGCGCGUCGAGCCCAACGUUCACUUCUUUUGCGAUGUCGACUAUGACGUUUUCCGCUACAUGCACGAUAACAACAAGACGUACGGCUUCACCAUCAACCUGUACGACGCCCCGGCCUCCAUCACCACUCUGUGGCCUGAAACCGAAAAGUUCUUGGCCGAGCACCCCGAGUACGUGCACGAGAACAGCGCCAUGAAUUGGUUGACGGACAAGACCCGCCGUCCCGACCACACAAAGGAUGCCAAUGGUUAUUCGACAUGCCACUUCUGGAGCAACUUUGAGAUUGGUGAUAUGAACUUCUGGCGCAGCAAGGCGUACGAGGAUUAUUUCAACCACUUGGACCGUGCCGGUGGCUUUUUCUACGAGCGUUGGGGUGACGCACCUGUCCACAGUAUUGCCCUGGGUCUCUUCGAGGACUCUAGCAAGAUUCAUUGGUUCCGCGAUAUUGGCUAUCAGCACAUUCCCUUCUUCAACUGUCCCAACUCCCCCAAGUGCAAGGGCUGCGUUACCGGCCGUUUCACCGAUGGCGAGGCCUGGCUCAACAGGGAAGAUUGCAGACCCAACUGGUUCAAGUACGUCGGCAUGGGCUAAGCUAUGAACGAAACCCGAACGACAAACACAUCGAAAAAAAAAAAAAAUAAAACACGAAACAGUAAUGGAGCGUUGGCGUGGCUGGGUUUUCGGCAACGAAAAGCCUCUGGGCCGCGCUACUGUAUCAUACCCGGCUACGUAGCCUUGCGGCGUUGCAUAUGACAUGCUUUCGGGAUACAUACGCUUAUGGAACUGACGAAGGAACUUGUCUGACGCUGGCGGUAUCCAGCCAUCUAAUGAUGCUUGUACAUACUAAUUUAUGACGAAUUCCUGAUGCACGACACAUGAUCAAAAUGGGCGGUUACGGG